ACCUUGACCCGGAAAUGGCCUCGUUUUGGUAACAAAAUAACCAGCUGCGAAGUGUCAAUUAUCACUUACUAAUCGCUUUAGUUAUAAAGUUUUUGAGCAAAAUAAUACAAAUCUGAAACACAGAUCGUGUAAACAAUGGAAGAAUCUGACAGUGGACAGCAACCAAAAAGAUGUCCAUGUGGUUUUUGGGGAUCAACACAGACUUCUGGGCUAUGUUCAAAGUGUUACAAAGCAACAGUGCAGGAAAAGACCCCAGAUGGAAUUGAUGCAAAAAGUGAACUGCUUAAAAACCGCCAGAGUUCCUAUACAAGCCAUGAUGGUGUAGGUGCUACCUCUUCCUCAUUUUUGUCUUCAAGUCGCAGCCAGCCAUCUAACUCAACAAUGGAAAAAGCUGAGGAGUUUCUGAGACAAGCUGUUAAAAACUCUAGUGUAGAUAACACUGAUAAAUCUGUCAACAACACUGAUAAACUUUUAACAACAGAAAGAAGUAUAUCUGCAACAGUUACAUGCACUUCACAGACUGAUAACAUGGCAAACUCUGCUGGUAGUGAUAGUUGUAAAGACAUUGUAAAAGACUUGAGCAUUGUUACUGCUCCAUCUACCUCUGAUCUCAGUGUUACGUCAAAUGAAAACACUGAGAAUCUUGAUAAAGAUUCUAAACCCUGUGAAACAGAAUCUAGUAAAGUACCUGAUUUGGCCAGUCCAGAUAAACGUGGAGUUAAAAGAGACAGCAGUGCUCUAGAGGAUACAACACCUACUUCAACACCAGAAAAAUCUGGCAACAAAAGCAAAAGGAGAUGUAAUGUAUGCAAAUGUAAAUUAGAAUUGGCACAAAGGACUAUAGGAAAAUGCAAAUGUGAUAAUGUCUUUUGCUCGCUUCACCGUCUACCUGAGCUUCACAAUUGUGAUUUUGAUCAUAAAGAAGAUGGUCGUAGAGAGGCAAGAGAGAAAAUGGUGAAGCCAACACGCCAUCUUGGCAACACUUUCAAGCGUUUAGACUCUGACUCUUGAUGAAUCAUCAGAAUAGUAUUUUCAUAAGAUACAUCAUUUCUUGCAAGAUUGCAUUUAGCAGCAACUUUUCUCUUCUUUUAUAAAGGAAUAAUGUUGAUUGUUGAAGUAAAUCACAGUACAUAUGUCAUUAUAAAUUGUUUACAGUUUACCUCUAUUUGUUUUUGUGUGUUAUUUUUUUCAAAGUUAGUUUAAUAUUGCUGGAACAGAAUUUGUUCUCUCUCAUAAUAGGGAUUUAACUAUGUUUAUGCUUUUGAUAAAAAAUUAAGACAAACACUGGUACUGUAUUUUAUAAAAAAAAUACUCAACAGAUUAACAAAAGCUGAUAGGAAUUAGACUUUUUGAUAUAAACACAUGUUUGUUUUGAUGCGAUCAGUUAUAGAAGGCAUGUUUAUUUUAAUGGACGUGUCCAUCUAUCAAUCUGGACAAAACCAUUAAUCAGAUUAUGUACUGACUGAACAGCAAACAGUGCAGACCAUGUGCUGACAGCUAAUGUGCUGGCUGAUCUAGGUCGGCACUGGUGGCAUGAGUAAAUUCGAUCCCCGCCAGCAUUAUAAGAGUUAAUGUAACCAAUUAUACAUAGAGGAGACUGGUGUAGAAAUAUAGAGUAGUAAAACCUUUACAUGUUAUCACUGCUUUACCACACAAACAUUUUACAUUUAUCAUAGAUAUUUGGGACAUUUAAGGAAAUAUAGAUAAGGAAUAUUAUGCAAUUAAUGAUAAAAACAAGAACUAUUUAUAUACAAGGUUUUAUCUUUGCAAUUGUGCUGGAUGUUUAAAGAUUAUAUUUCUUUUUUGAUACUUUGUAAAUGAUGGUAAGAACUUCUUACAGGAUAAAUGUACUGAGUCAUUUCUUUAUUGUAUGAUAGUUAGUUUAGUGUGAUUUUUGUGGAAAACAAACUGUUUAUACAUGUAUAAGGUGUAUUGUUGUUGUGACAUGAUAGUAGAUGUCUGCUUUGUUUAAGGUAAACAGGCUGUUGCUGUGAAAUUUUGCAAAUUUAACAUAGGUUGGUUUGCUUUUUGUUUUCCAAUCAUAUCCUUCCAAAUUUCUUUAUUGGUAACUAUGAGGUUAAUAAACAUUGUGUUGAAUACAGUACUGACUUCUAUUUAACAAGUACAUAACUUAUGUGGAAGAAUGAACGAAUAGUUAACACAUUAUCCUAGUGACUUAAAGAUUGCUGGCUGCAUGGGUUCAAAUCCUGUCUGGGACAAGACCUUGUGAAAGUGAGCAAGAAACUUUACGCUCACUGCUUCCAGAAAAAGAUAAAAGAGUGUUUCAAUAAGCUUAUAGCUUCCCAAACAAAGAAAUUGAAAUGAAUUUGGUGUAAAUUAAUAAAAACUGAAUUUUACUCAGUUAUGUGUAAUGACAUCUUUAUUUUUACACAACCAAUUUUUGACACUUUGACAGAAAUUUAGUUAUUUUGAGUAAAACAGUGAUUCAACAGAAAUCUUUUGGGCUUUUGAAAAAGGAAAACGAGGCUAGAUGGAGUAGAAUAGUGAAUUGAAUGUUUGGAUAGGCAAAAUGAAAAUGAGGUUAAGUUGAUAAGUGAUUUAUAUUGUAAGAUCACAUGGUACACAAGUUCAUUGGUUACAAUUUAUAAUGUGUGAAAUACUUUUUUAUUAUUAUGGAACCAUUUUUAGCAUGCAAACCUAUAUGCUAAUUGAAUUUUUAUGAUUUGUAUGCUUUAUGUUUUUUUUCUUAUAAAUAUAUAAACAUUAUUAUUUGAUAUUACAGGAAAUGAUUAUAAGAAAGAAAAGUUAUAUUUUCAUGUGUUUACUGUUAUAAUCAAGUAUGAUAUUGUGAACUUAUAGAAGGGUAUGGUAUGAAAACAGUAUAAAGGGAGGGAAUUUUAGGACUCCAAUCAUUAUUGUACUAAAUCUUAUAUGAUUUAUGAACUCUCGAAUUCUCUCAACUCCCAGAGUGGCUGUUAAUGUAGUGUGAAUGGUAUCUGUAUGAAUGAUUUAAAAACUGUUUUAUACCUCAUAGUACUUUCUGUUAUACUAAAUUUUUUGAAUAAAUUGAUACAUUUAAAGCCAAUAUAUUUGAUUGUUAAAAAAAUGCAGUGCUUUGGUUAUAAAAUAUUGAGUAAAAUAUCCAUUACUUAACUGAAGAAUUUAUUCAAUAAUAAAAUUAUAAACUGUAGUUUGGUUUUUAGCAGGUAAUCAUUGAUGAAUAGGACUAUACAUAGGAAUUUAGGGAUAAGAUAACAUAAUGAAAAUAUCAUAACUUUGAAAGGAUACAGACAAAGCACAAUACUAGUAGAGGAAAUCCUGGCUGGUGUUCAUUAUAUUAUCAUUCUUCAAGUUAUAUGAAGGAGUAAUUACUUUCUUCAUCUUAUUACUAUUUUUUUUUACAAAAUAUGGGCAUCUAUCUUCAUAUAUGUACUAAUUAAUUGUUACAAAAAUAAGGGCAUAGACUACAGUACUUGUAUUUCUGGUCAUAGUUGGUAUUUAAGAAUAGCACAAGGUUUAUGAUCUUAUAUAAAAAAAACUGUAAAAUCCUAUAUCAAAGUCAAAAUAUUUCUUGAUAUAAUUUUUGUUUAUUCAACAUGCAUUUUCUCCAUUACCCUGCUGUACUGACAUUUUUCUGUGUUGGAUUUCUUGUAAAAAAAAUUGUUUUGAGAAAAGUGGUUAUGUGUUGGCUUUAGUUUAUUAAAUAUUUCUGUAUAAUUUGUCAUUAAGUUUUGUAUGUAUAUGAAAGCUGAAUAUGUAAACUAAACUAUAUAAAAACUAUGCCAGUCUGUACAUUUUAGUUCUUAUGUCUUCCUGUGUCAUACUGUAUGAAAAUCACUCUUGACGUGUAUUGCGCCAAAACGCUUUUUAGCUCACCUGUCACAAAGUGACAGGGUGAGCUUUUGUGAUCGCUUUUCGUCCGGCGUCCGGCCGUAAACUUUUACUUUAAAUGACAUCUCCUCAUAAACCACUAAGCCAAUUUCAUCCAAACUUCACAGGAAUGUUCCUUUGGUGGUCACCUUUAAAAUUGUUUAAAGAAUUUAAUUCCAUGCAGAACUCUGGUUGCCAUGGCAACCGAAAGAAAAAACUUUAAAUAUCUUCUUUUAAAAAACCAUAAGAGCUAGAGCUUAGAUAUUUGGCAUGAAACAUCUUCUAGUGAGUGUCUACCAAGUUUGUUCAAAUAAAAGCUCUUGGGUCAAAAUUGGCCCCGCCCCGGGGGUCAUUGAUUUUCCCUAUAUGCAUAUAGUAAAAACUUAAAAAAUCUUCUUUUAAAGAACCCAAAGAGCUAGAGCUAAGAUAUUUAGCAUGAAACAUGUUCUAAUGGGUGUCUACCAAGUUUGUUCAAAUAAAAGCCCUGGGGUCAAAAUUGGCCCCGCCCCGGGGGGGUCAGAUUUUCCCUAUAUAUGCUAAAGUAAAAACUUAAAAAAUCUUCUUUUAAAGAACUCAAAGAGCUAUGGCUAAGAUAUUGAGCAUCAAACAUGUUCUAAUAGGUGUCUACCAAGUUUGUUCAAAUAAAAGCCCUGGGGUCAAAAUUGGCCCCGCCCCAGGGGGUUAUUGAUUUUCCCUAUAUGCAUAUAGUAAAAACUUAAAAAAUCUUCUUUUAAAGAACCAAAAGAGUUAGAGCUAAGAUAUUUAGCAUAAAACAUGUUCUAAUAGGUGUCUACCAAGUUUGUUCAAAUAAAAGCCCUGGGGUCAAAAUUGGCACCGCCCCGGGGGGUCAUUGAUUUUCCCUAUUUGCAUAUAGUAAAAACUUAAAAAAUCUUCUUUUAAAGAACUCAAAGAGCUAUGGCUAAGAUAUUUAGCAUCAAACAUGUUCUAAUAGGUGUCUACCAAGUUUGUUCAAAUAAAAGCCCUGGGGUCAAAAUUGGCACCGCCCCUGGGGUCAUUGAUUUUCCUUAUAUGUGUAUAGCAAAAACUUAAAAAUCUUCUUUGAAAAAACCCAAAUAUAUAGAGUUAAGAUAUUAAGCAUGAAACAUCUUUUAGUGAGUGUCUACAAAGUUUGUUCAAAUAAAAGACAUGGGGUCAAAAUUGGCCCCGCCCCGGGGGUCAUUGAUUUUCUUUAUAUGUGUAUAGCAAAAACUUAAAAUCUUCUUUGAAAAAACCCAAAUAGCUAGAGUUUAGAUAUUAAGCAUGAAACAUCUUCUAGUAAGUGUCUACUAAGUUUGUUCAAAUAAAAGCCCUGGGGUCAAAACUGGCCCGGCCCCAGGGGUGUCAUUGUUUUUAACUAUAUGUGUAUAGUAAAAACUUAAAAAAAAUCUUCUUUUAAAAAGCCCAAUGAGCUAGAGCUUAGAUGUUUAGCAUGAAACAUCUUCUUAUGGGUGUCUACCAAGUUUGUGCAAAUAAAAGCCCUUGGGUUAAAUUGGCCCUGCAACGUUGGGGGUUGGGGGGGCCUAUAUACAGGUGAGCGACCUCAGGGCCAUCAUGGCCCUCUUGUUUGUUAUCUAGGAUAAUACGGAAUAUUGAUUUUAAUUUUCUUCCUUUGUUGUAUAUUGAUACUUUUUCUACAUUGUUUAACAUAGGUAAACAAAUGUCUUUUGAAGAAACUUUUAACAUAAAAUGAAUAAUAUUAUGUGAAAAGGAGAAUGUUAACUCCAGUGUUUAGAUAACAAAUGUUUGAAGAGUUUUGUGAUUAUACAUUUUCAAUUAUAUGUCUUUUGUCUUGUGCUAUAAAUGCAAAUCCAAGUUCAAGAACUUUUACAGUGUCAUGAUUCUGAACAUAGUUUAUACUUGAAGUUAUUUUAUGGGGUACAUUUAAAGGAAAACAGGUGUAUUUUACAUUGAGAUUCUAUUAGUAACAUACAAUUUUGGUCUGGGCAUUCCCUGAUAACUAGUAUAACGGUAUAAGAAAUUGAACAUUACAUUAUUGUAUAUGUUCUCAGAUGACAUGUGUUCUAUCACUAUAACUAAAUUGAAGGACAUUUGAGUUGUAUACAUUAUUUAAUAGUUAAAAAACAGUUUUAGGCAAAAAUAUACUAAAUUUAUAUCAUCUUCUAAAGUUUUGCAGAGUUAUCAUGAAUUAUGUUAUCUUUUUUCAAGUCUUACUAUUUGAAGAUAUACUGUUCUCAUCUUUUGGUAAAUACUUAAAUUACAGAAGUUUAUUGAAAACUCUGAAAUCUUUAACAAGAGAGUGCACAAAUUAUGUUUUAGAAGAUGCAUUCCCAGUUACUGGCCAAGUAUUUUUGGACCUUUCAUAUAUAAAAAAAACUGCCUGUUUCUAACACAUCUUCUCUGUGAAUAUCCAAAAGAUGUUUAUUUUAUAUUUAAAAAGAGACUAUACAAGUAUAUAGCAAUUUUCAGUAUUUUCAAAUAGCAAAUUUGGGCAUAGUAUAUCUUUAAGAAAAGUUAAAUGCACUUUGUUCAUCUUGAUUAGAAUGAGGUUGAUACAUGUUAUAUAAUGUAACUCCCCUAACAGCUUUAUGAUGAUAUUGAAGUGUCUCUAUCACAUCAGUUCAAGUCUUACCACACCUGGCAGGUUAUUUUAUUGUAGUUCUUUUGACUAUAUAUGCAUAUUCUUGUUUAGUUAGUUUGAUUUGAUGAAAGAACAACCAGGAAGCAAGCCAUAAACCAGUGUGAAUAUUAUUUGUAGUUUUAGUCAUGGCCUAACCUAGAAGUAAUAGCUAAAUUAAAGUGAUAUUGAAACAGAUUACAUGAUUGUAUAACAAAGGAUUUGAUACAAUAGUAUUAUGAUCAGAUACUUUUCUUUAUUUUAGGUAUGCUUGCAGAGUAAAAUUUUGCCUCAUUUUAUCAAGUUGUGUGUGGAUUUAUGUUCAAAGAUAUGUGUAGUGAUAAACACUUUAUAUUUGUACAUUAUUUAAUAACUAAUUUAUGUAGAUAUAGAACCUGGUACAUGUUUACACUAAAUUUAAUCUAUGUUAUCUUUUCAUAUUUAUGAUUUAUAAUAACAAAGAUAAAUAAAGCUUUGGACAAUA